CCCAGACGGCGCAUGCGCAGCAGCGUCGCUGUCACUACUAUGACUUUAGUUAAAUGUCACGUAGCAUUUAAAUCGAUUUUUAAACAAAAUACUUACACGCCUUUAAUUCAGUAACGUCUUUGGCACUUACAUUUGUUAGUUAAAGUAACAGCACGCCGUCCGUAGCAGAUAUCAGAGUCGCUCGUCUUCUUUUAGCUCAGCAGAGACAUGUUUACAUCCCAGACCUCUUCCUUUCAGGAGUCCAUAGACGUGGAUGAAAGGGACGCAGACUUCGACAACGAAGAAAUCGCCGGAUACAGCCAGAAAAUACAACAGAUUAACAGCUAUUAUGCCAUAUACUACUACCAGAACACAAGAUCUGAGGCUUCGGGAGACAGUGUGGCCUGGAGCCAGAGAAGAUCAGACUCUACCACAAGCCAGGAAGACUUUAGUCUCACGCUGCUGGACGCCAGCUUGCCACCCGAGGCCGAGCCAGAGCUACGCAGCUACAUCUCCCGCAGGCUGAGCAAGGGCGCUUUGCUAGGGGGUAUGGGUAACAUUGCCACCGUGGAGCUAAGCAUCCCUGAGCAAGCGGUGGGCUGUUACUGCUGUCUGCUGGAGCAGGAGAAAUCUCCAGAACAGCCUGAGGCCGAUGGCAACGGCUGGGUGGUGUGUCUUCUCGGAGGAUCAGAGAAGGGCCUGAAUCUGUUUAGAAUUGAGCUGGACAAGUACGUCCAGGGUCUGCAGGGCUGUUUGACUCCAGAGAUGCAAAAUUUGGAGACCGAAGUCAGGCCCUACCUGAUCCGCUGGUAUGAGGAGUCAGUUCUGCACAUUCACAGAGUGGUUCAGCUGCUGCAGGCCAACGUCGGGUACCUUCUGCAUGCUGCUUUGAGUCACAAACUUGUCGAGGUCACAGGGGCAGAUGAGAAGACAAAAGCAGAUGUAGCAAGAUUUAUCAAAGCAGCAAGCCUGCAGGGUAUAGUUCAGGAAGACACCACUACAGCCUCUCUCUGUAAGGCCCUUUCAGAGGACACUCACACCAGUCUGAUCAUCGACUGCUCCUCCAGCCCGCCUACACUCUCCAAUGAAGUCAGCAACCGGUUCUGCGACGACUGGAUCCAGGCCUUCCUCAAUGCUGCUGAGCGCUUUAACCCUUUCCUUCUCCGACAAAUCCUGGAGAACUUUAAACUUAAGGCCAUCCAGGACAUGAACAACCUGAAGCGCUUCAUCCGUCAGGCAGAAAUGAGCCACUACGCUCUGUUCCGCUGCUGUCUGUUCCUGCAGAGCUGUGGAAACGGAGACGUGCUGCUGCAGAACGCACGGGCCGAGCACAGCAGCCUUCCUGAGGCCUGUGGCAUCAUAAACGUGCUGGAGGAGUUCCUCGGGGAGCACACUCAGGGCACGCUGUACUGACACCAGAGCUACUGCACAUACACUCACCUGUCUGAGAGCACAGAAGUCCUGUUUAACACCCAUUAUCAUAGCAGUGUGGUUUGCAUUUUAAGCAACUUCAGCACAUUUGAAUUGAAACACUAAGUGUAGUCUAUCGAUGCUGUGAAAUGCUCCUGUAUGUUGACUUGUGCAUAAAAAUGAUGAAUUAAAUAUAUCCUAUAUAAUGGACCGAUGAAGGUGCAAUCAAACUUUAUUUAAAUACUUUUUCUCAAUUAUGUGCAGAUAUUAAUACAGUACUGUUUAUAUGUGACAACUGAUUUUAGGAUGUUCAUUGUGUAACAGUCAAUGUUUUGAAGAUGUCUUGUAGAUUUACAGAAAUAGCAACUGAAUUAGGAAGCUAGUCAUAUAAUUAGGAAGCUAUCCAUUAUCUGAUCUGCCAUACUAUGUUUUAUUGGUAUGUUAUAAUUGUUUUUUUUUUUUAAAGUGCUGAUGUAUGUUCUUGUUUGCUAUCUCUGAAUUUUUCUUACCAAAGAAACAAAACUUCUGAUAAUCAAACUUGGUUGUAAAUGUAACGUUUAAAAAGAACAGAAUUGUGAGAAACAUUACUUAAACAUCUUAUAUAUAUUGAUCCAGUUGUAAAUGGUGAUAUGUAUAAUUAUCAUAAUGUAUGGUUUAUCUUAGAUUUGACAUGACUGUACUGUGAGUAAUUUGUUCCAGGAACAUUUCAUUUUUGUGAAUUUGUAAGAAUGAAAGAAAAUCUCAGCAUUCACUCUUAAUUUAACCUUGAUUCUUGAAUUCAUGCAAGAAUUAAAAUAACACAUGACACAGGCAAA